GCUAGAUAGUCGGUUCAGUUCGCGGUCAGCCUUCGCCCUGUUCAUUCGCGAAAUGAUAACAAAUUUUAUCUACUCUGUUUGCUGCUGGUUGUUCUCCUGGAAUACGAUUUUGGUGCUGCUUUGUCUGGGAGUUGCUGCGUAUUACUUCGGCACACGAAACCAUGAUUAUUUCGCUCGGAAUCGAAUCCCAUCUCCACCUGCGUGGCCCUUUUUGGGAAACUCUGGAAAAUGGAUCCUAGGAAAAGCUUCCUUCUACAAUGUGUUCCAGGAACUGUACAGCGCUUUUCCUACCAGCAAAGUAUUUGGAUUGUUCGAUUUCAUGGGACCAGUAUAUGUGAUCCGGGACUUUGAUUUAAUCAAACAGAUAUGUGUUAAGGAUUUCGAUAGUUUCAUCGAUCGUCGAUUCCAGUUUGACGAACACAGCGAUCCAUUGUUUUCCAACGCACUGUUUUCCCUCAAGGGUGUCAAAUGGAAGAACAUGCGAUCAAUUCUUAGUCCAGCCUUCACGGGCAGCAAGAUGAGACAUAUGUUACGAUUUAUCAAUGAGUAUUGUUCCGGUUUGAACGCAACUUUGGAAUCGAUGAUCGCUCCCGGAGAGUCCAAAGAGUUUGAACUUGAAGAUUUUCUAACAAAAGUCUCCUGUGAUAUCAUUGCCACUUGUGCAUUUGGCCUUCAGAUGAAUAACGUUAAGGACGGCGAGAAUGAGUUUUACAAGAUGUCCAGAUACAUGACUCAUUUAAACAAUUGGCAAUGGUUCAAGUUUGUACUGUUUAGUUCAUUCCCAAGUCUCGCCAAAAUGCUUGGAUUUACGCUAUUUGGACCGGAGUGUACUGAAUUUAUGCGGAAGACAAUCAAAGAUAUCAUUGACUAUCGGGACAGAACAGGUACCGUAAGGCAGGAUUUGAUCCAUCUACUGAUGCUGGCCCGGGACCAGAAGCUUAAAUUCGAAGACACUGAUCGAGAUUUGAACAAUCUUGGUCUAAGUACUGCUCAGGAUUAUCCUAUUGAAGAAAUUGGCACCAUACCAGACUGGACGCUCGACGUAUUCGUAUCGCAAUGUUUCGUCUUCAUCUUCGGAGGGCUGGACACAGUAUCGAAGGUUGCAUCUUUCAUGGCCCACGAGCUGGCCAUCCAUCCGGAGGUGCAGGAAAAGCUUUAUACCGAAAUCAAAACAACCCUCAAGGCCAAAGGAUCCGAACCAAUCACCUACGAGGACAUCCAAUCUCUAGCUUACAUGGACAGAGUCGUAACAGAAACACUACGCAAAUGGCCCCAGGCUCAGUUCAUCGAUCGUGUCUGCACCAAACCGUAUAAUCUCGAUUUAGGGGACGACAAGUCAAUCCCUCUGGUCCCUGGCGAUUUUGUUUGGAUCCCUGCUAUGCCGCUGCAACGGGAUCCAAAAUACUUCCCCGACCCGGAACGCUUCGAUCCGGAUCGAUUUGCUCCGGAGCGCCGUGACAGUUUGGGCAAUUUCGUGCACCUUUCGUUCGGAAUCGGGCCGCGUAACUGUCUGGGGAAUCGCUUUGCGCUGAUGGAAAUGAAGACCGUCUUCUUCUGGAUCCUUUCCAAGUUUGAGAUUACGCCAUCUUCUAGGACACAGAAUCCUUUGCGGAUAGGAAAAAGCCUGAUGGUUCCCCAAGUUGAAGGUGGGAUCUAUUUGAAUUUCAAAAAUAGACAACCUCGUUGACAUGGAUGUAUCAGACGAUAGAUACAUCGCGAUCGUCUGUAAUAUUUAAAUGUAAAAUGUCAAUCAAUUAGCAGUUGGUACAUUUUUCUAGUAAUAAAAGAAAACUAAAAUAA